UGUCAUGUUCUUCACCCUUUGCUCCUUCACACACCUCCUUUGAUUCAUAUCAAUCCUCCCUCGUCCUCCCUCAAGACGGGCAAGAGAGGGAGGAAGAACUCCUCACACACAAGAGGGAUCCACUGAUGCUCUCUACUGACACUUCCCCCCAAGGACGAUCACUUGAAAGCCUGUUUCUCCAAAGCCAAGACUGCCCAGAAAAAGAAGAUGAUGAAGGAGAAGAAGAGGAGGACAAAAGUAUGGACUCCAGCAAACCUAAAUUGUUACCUGAAUGUCACAUGCCAGAAAUGGUCAAUUGCAAUAAUGAAAACUCAAAGGAGGAUCUUGAACAUGAUAGGGAAGACUUGGAAGGAGUCUCUGAAACUACUCCAAUGGAAGUGGAGUCUUCGCCAUGCAAUGAUGAAAAUGUGGAGGAUGGAAACGAAGAGGAAAUCCAGGAUGAGACUCACAAUGAAGAUGAUAUGGAACAGGUUCACGAAAAAUCAGAUCAAGUUCCUUCAGAGACUAAAAUAAAGGAGACCUUAACCUCAGGAGCUCUGACAGAACCCAGCGCUUCUUCAAGCAGUGUUGAAGACGACGGCGGGGCUUUCAGUGAUGAAGGACAGCCAAGUUCUACUGGAGGAAAGGAAUCUAAUACAUCUGAGGUAGCAGGCAGUGAUAUGGAUGAAAGUGUCAAAGAGGAUACUCUGGACGAGGUCACAGCUUACAAACGGGACAUCCUGCUGGUGAACAUGACCGAAGACGACCCCGAGCUGUUCGGAAACCUGCCCCCGGACAGUCUGCUGAAACUGGGCCCCACCUGGGUCAAAAAGGCCCCCAAAUGCAGACCUGUUGGAGUGGUGAAAAUGCUGAAGCGCAGGAAAGAUAAAAAAAGAGUAUCACUGGAGCUUAACCAAAGAUUGACUUCAGUUCAUACCUACGGUGGCGGUUCUGUUAUCACAAGACAGAAGAGCAGGACAUUGAGACCUCAGUGGAGCGGAAACCCGUCCGCCACGCAAAGCAACCCAUGUUGUUCGACUGAAGAGCCAACCAUGAGUCACCCUGAUGACAACAACAACAACAACAUCCCUCCACCUAUGACCGCAAGAACAGGGUCGUUGAUCAGAAAGGAACCCUACACGAGGGGGUUCAGCAACCAGAAAUCUGAUUUUUACUACAGAAACUACUUGAGUAAGACGAUGUCCGGUGACUUCAAGACGGGUUCCUAUCUACAUGUGCAUGUUGAGAUCGAAGAGAAGCUGUGCAUUGACACUGUGAUGAGGUACUCCCAAAAUGCAACAUGCCUUGAAGAAGCAGGAGAUGUGUUUACAGGAUACUACAAGAACAACCCACCAGGAAUGUAUUUCUCCAUGCAUGUGCUUUUGGCCCUUCUCUGGGCUCUGCUCGAAUCCUGCAUGGUGUCCAAGAUCUUGUCAGUCCUCAGUGUCAGCUUGGCUCACUGCAUCGUGCCGGGCCAUGGGUUCCUGUUGGCCCUCUGCAACACUGUGAGAGAACAGGGUCUCACGAGUGUUGUACCUCGAAUCGUGCAGCUCUUGUUCAAGGUAUUUCAGCUCAUACACACCUAUCUCACCGAGAGGCAGUGA